AUGAUGAAUAAGAAUGAACGUUUUAUAACAUUAACAGAACGAUUAUAUGUUGGAUUUGUUAAAUAUACUACAUUUUUUGAAGAAGAAAUUGAACGUUUAGAAGGUGAAUUAGAAAAAAAACAAAAUGGUUUAAUUAGGAAUGAAGGUAUAUCAAAAGAAUUACUUUUAUAUGAUACAAAUGAUAAGGUAAAUAAUAAUUUAAAUUUUGUUGAUAAAGAAUUCAAAGAAGGUGUUCAGGAGACUGAGUACCUCACGAAUAAUAUAAAUAAAAGUGAUGAAAAGAUUAAUUAUGAUAUUAAAAAGGAAUUACAAAUAAAUAAUUCUACUAACAAAAAGCAAAUUAUUAUUAAUGAGUAUAAAACUUCUUGUGAGAGCCUUGAUAAAUUAAGACUUGAAAAUGAAUUAGAAUUACAAAAAGAAAAUUAUAAGAUUUAUAAUAUUUAUUCUGAAAAAAUUUUAACACUUUACUAUCAAUUAAAAGGGAAUUACGAAGAAUCCUCAAUGAUAGUAUCAACAACAUCCUCAUUGAAAUCGUUACCAUCUAAUGGUGAACAAAAUGAAGUAUUUAAUGAUGGAGAUAAUAUUUUAUCUGAUCCCUCAUUUCAGGACUCGAUAAUCAAGGAAAAUAAGAAAGAAAUACCAGUUGAAAAUACAAAAUUAUAUAAAAAAAGUAAAGAUUCUUUAAUAUCAAGAUCUGACUCAAUUACAAGUACUAGACAAUCAUUAUCUAAUUAUACAUUGUCCACAACAACAAGUUUAAAAAAACAAUUACUAGCUUCAAAUUGUGUUAGGAGAACAAGUUUGAUUAAUACAAAUCAGGUGAUUACUUCCCCUCAAGGACCUUCAAAUAAUAGUAAAGAGAAUAACAUAAUUAUUAGUAAUAGGCAAUUUUCACAAACGCUAACAUCAACAGUUGGAGAACAUUCUCAUAUAUCAAAAAAUAACAUCAAACCUUUACAGGAAGAAGAAGUUUGUAUAAAUAAAAAUAAGUUAACUCGAAGGUUUUCUUCUAAAACAAACAUCAAUAUAAGUGAUACCUUUAAUAAUAAAACAAUCACAGAAGAUUGUAAUCAUUCUUUUAUAACACCGUCUAGUUCUUUUUUAACAACUGUUACUAAUUUUAUAUUUAAUUCUAAUUCUUUAUCAAAAUCUUCACAAUUAAAUAAUAAAUCAUCUUUAUGUAUUGAAUUAGAAAUAUCUAAUAUGAUGGGAAGAUUACAAUUAGAAAUAAAAGGUAUAAUUGGUUUUGCUAGAUUAACAACUGGUGAUACAUUUGAAGUAUCAUUUAAACAUGGUAAUCAAAAAAUUAAAAGUAGAGGUAAAACAUUACCUGAUAAAACACAAAUAUGGGAUACAACAACAAUUAUGUUAGAAUGUCUUCCAACACAUCCAAUAGAAGUUAAAGUACAAGAAGUUAAAUUUUUUAAAUCAAAAACUUUAAGUGAACGUAAUUUUGAUCCAUCUAGUUUUUUUACAACAACAUCACAAUUAGUUACAAUGAAUCUUAAUUCUUCUGGUACAAUAAAAUUACAAUUUAUAAUUACAUGGAUACCAUUAUUAGCAUCAAAAACAAUUUCUAAUCAAUCAACAUUACCAACUACAAAUUUAGUUAGAAGUGCUACACAACUUACAUCAAUGCCAUAUUCACCAACAAUAACUGUUAAAAAUUCAACAAGUUUUUGUGUUAGUCAUCCAGUAACAAGAGCUAAAUCAAGUUUAGGAAAUGAUAAUGAAAAAAAUAGACCAAGAAUUGUUUUGAGAGAUAAAAAAAGAAAUAAAAAUAAAGGUGAAAGUAAUAUACAAAAAGAUCAAUGGAGAGCAUCAACAACACUUUUAGAUGCUGCUUAUAAUAAUUUAUCUAAAAGUAUUCCUACAUUAGAUUCAUUAUCAGCAUUAAAAGAAUUAUCACGUUCUAAAAAUAAUAUUGAUAAUGAAAAUAUAUUUGAACUUGAGGAUGAAAUACCAACAAUUGAAGAAAAUCAACGAUCAUCUAAAUUCUUUUCUGUUUCAAUGAAUCAAUUAUCUGUACCAGAUGAUACAACAAUAUCAAGAAAUAAUGGUACACCAUCACCUAAAGCAAUAUCUGAUAAUGGUAAUGUUGAUGAAAGACACUCAACAGAACAAACAAUACAAUUUAAUAAUAAAGAUAUUAAUGAAUCAUUCUUUACUAGUACAACAUCAAAUUCAUCUGGUAUUGGUAGUGAUGUUUCAAAUAACUCUGAACAAGGUCUAAAAAUUAUUGAUGAAUUAUUAGGUAUUAUUGAUGUUCUUAGAGAAAAUAUAUCUAUAUUAAGAAAAAAUGAAAUUGUUGAAAUUAAUGCAUUUGAGGCAGGAAUGUUAUCAUGGGAAAGCGUAUUAAAGUUUAAUCGUGCUAACAUCAUUGAAGAUCGUAAAUUUGGUAAAAUAGCAAAAAAUAGAGAUAUUAAUAGUGGAUAUAGUAAUAAUAAAAAAGGAAAUAUGUAUACAUCAGUAAAUAAUAAAGAAUCAAAUAAUCAUUCUAUGAUACAAUAUGAUGAUUUAGAUGAUAAUGUUUUAGUUGAAAGUUUUAAUAAUUCAUCAAUAUCUAAAUUAAGUGGAAAUAUUGGAUUAAAUAAAAAUACUUCACAAUAUACAAUUAAUCGUUCAUAUUGUGGUGGUAAUAAUUAUUCACCAGUAAUAUCAGAAAGACAAUAUAAUAAUAGUACAUUAAGUGGAUCCUGUGGACCAUCACAAAGACGUUUCAAACAAUUUAGAGAUCGUAGAAAAUCAUUAGGAAUAGUUUUUGAUCAAAUGUCAAUGUCAGAUAUUUCUAAUAAUGGUAUUGUAAGACCAUGGAAUAAUGGUGGUGAUGUUAUGUCUGUUUCUGAAUAUUCAUUUGAUUUAUAUAAAUCAGCAACCUCAAAUAGUCAAUUAGAUGAUUGUUUAAAACAUCAUCUUAUAAAUGCAUUAAAUAUUGUUAAAACAUUAACACAAAUUGUUAAUAGAACACCAUUUGAAUAUAAAAUUAGUCAAUUGUUAGGUAAUUUAGAUAAUUCAACAUUAGCAUUAGAAGAAAUGAUGCUUAUUAAUGAUAAUUUACCAAAUAUACCAAAUGUUUCAAAUAUGUUAUCAGAAUUAGGUGUUGAAUGUGAUAUUCAAGAAUUAUGGUUAGGAAUAUGUUAUUCUCUUAGCUCAUUCCUUAUUAUUCCAACAAAAGAAUUAACAAUUAAACUUUAUGAAUAUGUUUCACCAAUUGUAUCAGUUAGAUAUCCAGAUCUUGUAAAUCAAGUUAUUUCACGAUUUAUGAAAGUAAUGUGUGAUGAAAUGUAUUGGAAUACUUCUUCAGUUUCAUUAUAUCAAUUUAUAUCAACAUUACGUGGUAAAAAAAUUAAGACAUAUUUUGAAAAUUUAGCUCAUGAAGGAUGGAUAUCAAAAAAAUUAAGUAGUGAUGAUUGUAAUGAAAUUGCUGAAAUAAUGUAUAGAUUAAAAAAUAUUCCUAUGGUACCACCAAUAGAAAGUUUAAGAUCAAUAGCUUUAGUUUUGUUAUCAGAAAAAGAAGAGUCUAUUCAACCAGUUUGUUUAUAUUUAGUUAAUUCAAAUGCUGAAUUAGCAGAAGAUUUAACAACAUGUUUCUUAGCAUUAUUGGAGGAUGAUGAUGAAAAAACAAGAAUAGCAUCAUGUAGAGUUUUAUCAAUUCUUAAACCAAGAAAUGUUUUAAAACAAUUAGAAUAUGUUAUGAAUUAUGAUACUUCUGAAGUUGUUAGACGUAAUGCAAAACACGCACUAACAUGUAUUGGUUUUAAUAUUACAAAUGAAUCUGUUCAAUGUUGA